AUGAGAAGAAGUACCCGUUCAAAGCCUAAAAUUCUUAAUAAUAUUAAGCCUCUUGCUAAAUACAAUAACACUACUUCAAAUCAAAGUUCUAAAGGUCAAAGCUCUGAUAGUCAAACUGUACAAGGAUCAAAUCCUAAACGCUGUAAAACGAAAGUGUCAAAUGUUGAGAAAUUAGUACCAAAUAUUGAGGAAUUGGAAGAAAAUGUUGAUGUGGUGAAACCUGAAACUGUAUUUAGCGAAAAAUAUGAUGAUCAACCUGUUUUAAAUAAAGAUAACGAAGAUGAUAAUUUCCUUUUUAAAAAUCCUGAUCCAAAUAUGGUAAAGCAUGUCUUACGAUAUGUAUCUUUGAACGAUCGAGCAGAACAGUACCAAGAAAUAAACGAAUCUGACGAUAUUACGCAAGAUUCUACUCAAAGAUAUCAAAAAUUCGCAACAUCAGAAAUGUUGGCAACUUUAGUCAAUAAAACAAAGAUUAUGUUUUUGAGAGUCUGUGAUCCUCCAUUUUCUGCAUAUAUCACAUUGGCAAAAAUGGUGGCCCCUGGAUUUGUUGAAACUA